CUCUCCCUCUUCCGGCGGACUCGCUUUCCCGGCAGCCCCCGCGGGCCAAGAUGGCGGCGGGCAGCGGCCCCGGGGCGCGGGAGCUUUUUGCCGAGGGGCUCCUGCAGUUCCUGCGGCCCGCGGUGCGACAGCUCGACCGCCACGUCCACAGCGUCCGGGAGAGCCAGGUGGAGCUGCGGGAGCACAUCGACAGCCUGGCCACAGAGCUCUGCCGCAUCAACGAAGACCAGAAAGUGGCGCUGGACCUGGACCCGUACGUGAAGAAGCUGCUGAACGCCCGGCGCCGCGUGGUGCUGGUCAACAACAUCCUGCAGAACGCCCAGGAGCGGCUGCGGAGGCUGAACCACAGCGUGGCCAAGGAGACCGUGAGGAGGAGGGCGAUGCUGGAGGCCGGGGGCUACCAGGGCAAGUGACCGAGUGGCCAAGUGGCCAGCCAGGUGACCAGCCAGGCCAGCAGGUGACCAGCCAGGCCAGCAGGAACCCCAGUUUGUCCCAGCUCGUGGAUUGGGGGGAUGUCCCCUGUCCCCUGCGGCCCAGGGGGACGCUCUGAGCCCCGUUCCCGGAGUUGGGGGCGCCAGAAUAAAAGUGACUGAGAGAG